GACGGUAGAUGGCGACAAACGCCAUACUGUCAGUUUUAGCCCUGUAAUAGAACAAGUUAGCAACAACAACACAGCUGGAAACGUUAGCAGCGAUUUAUAUUUUUUCCUACUAGUUUGGAACACUUAAACAGGUACGCUGGAAUUUUCUGACACCCACUCGGACAUGUCCUAUGUCUUCAUCAACGACUCGUCGCAGACCAGCGUGCCUCUGCUGCAGUCCUGCAUCGACGGAGACCUGCCCUUCGCCAAGAGGCUCCUCGAGACGGGAUGCGAUCCGAACAUCCGCGACAACCGAGGUCGCACCGGCCUCCACCUAGCCGCCGCCCGAGGGAACGUGGAUAUAUGCCGCCUAUUGCACAAGUUCGGAGCCGAUCUGUUGGCGACAGAUUAUCAGGGAAAUACAGCACUGCAUCUGUGUGGCCACGUGGAUACUAUACAGUUCCUGGUGUCCAACGGGCUGAAGAUCGAUAUCUGUAACCACAAUGGAUCGACUCCUCUGGUGCUGGCAAAGAGACGAGGUGUCAACAAGGACGCCAUCCGUCUGCUGGAGGGACUGGAGGAGCAGGAAGUCAAAGGAUUCAACAGGGGACCCCACUCCAAACUGGAGACAAUGCAGAUGGCUGAUAGUGAGAGUGCGAUGGAGAGCCACUCCUUACUCAACCCUAACCUGCAGAGCAGUGAGAGCGUCCUGUCCAGCUUCAGGACAACGUGGCAGGAGUUUGUGGAGGACCUGGGCUUCUGGAGAGUCCUACUGCUGCUGGUAGUCAUUGCGCUCCUCUCCCUCGGCAUUGCGUACUACGUUAGUGGCGUGUUGCCUUUCUCCUCCAGCCAGCUAGAGCUGGUACACUGAGGGAAGGAGGGGGGCAUGGGCUAAGGAGGUAGGUAGAAUUAACAAGUGAAGUUCUGCAAAAAAAGACCAUUUUCUUGGUGUUGUUGACUAAAAUCAAGAAAUAUUCUAUGAUGUUGUUACUAUCUUCAGACUAACUGAACAAAACUCAUAUUCUCAACAAAAAAAAGAAACUCCAGGCUCAGCAACUCGCACCAAAACAUUAAUCUAGUUGAUACAUUGUGUAACAUAUACCCUUUAAAAUCCAGCUGCUUUUGAAAACACAUUUUUACUUUUAUGCCGUGAUUCUGCCCAGUGUGUCACAGUUUCCUUUCAUACUGUAUGCUCUGUUACAAGCUGUAUAUUGCCAAUGUUUUGUAUCUUUUCCUUCUAGUGGUGUUAUUUAUCAGAUAUGUUCUGCGUUGAUUCAUUUUCCUGCUCCCUUGUCCUCUCUAAACGUAGUCGGAGCUUUUGUGGUUUUGAGGUGACAACUGAAAGCAGGCUGAUAUAGUCUGUCCGUAGAGCGGAAGAGCACAUUGCCUUUUGAGAGAAAGCUUCAUCUUUCACAUCAGCUUAUUAAGACAUUCCUGCCUGAAGCAUGUAGAUCCGUUUGCAUUAAAAUCUACUCGUAUAUAGACACAGUGUGUGUAAACUGUAUGGCAGCAGAUUAAUGGUCAUUACUUUUGUUGUAUAUUCAUGUUACCUUAUUAUCCUUUGUUUGAGCUGUUUAUUUUUCAUGUACAUUACAUUAAACCUUUGAAGUCCUAAUUUAAUGUGGAAAAUCAAUAAAAUCAUGUGUAUGAACUAUUGUCAUGUUAA